AUGAAAAAUUGUCGCUUGUUUACAAGUUCGUUGUUUAUUUCUUUUUCUGGUACGGCAUACAGCAACUGUUAAAUCAGACAAAAGAAGAAGAAACAGAAGAAAAAACCUAGAAAAACAGAAACAAAUUUUGACAGUUAUUUUUAUUGUGUGCGUGUAGAGUUUUCUUUCGUGUGUAUGAAAUACUACAAGCGUUUAUCAUCGUUGAUUAGCCAAAAAUAAACGGAAAUUAAUAAAGUUCCUUCGAAAAGUUCUUGAAACACCGCACACGACUCCAAGGAUUUGCGCUUCAUUUAUUUAUUUUGUUGUUGUUGUUUUUUUUAUAUUUUUAAAAAUUCGUUCCAAAUUUAUCGGAAGAUUUUCCCUUGGCGAGUUUGGCGAGCGAAUUGAAAAGCGACGAACGCAAAACAAACAAGUGAAUCAAGUUUGUAAUUUACAUUUGAUAAAUUGAAUUACAAUUUUCCAGUAGUUAUUCGGGUGAUGCAAUUAUGCGUGCUUUCUGUUUGCGUGUUUAAUCUGAUGAGAUGAAUUCAACGAAAAUUCUCAUCAACAGCAUCAACAUUUUCUCGCUUCAAGAACUGAGACAUCAAAUCAUCGUACGAAUUCAACACCGUCUGAAAUCAAAACGUGAAAAAUUGUUCGAGUGAAUAAAAUAGCCAAACUGAGUGAAAAAUUAAACGUUAUAAUUCAAUCAGUUUGCGAAUAAAUAAACGGCAAAAAAGGGAACAACAACGACUACGCAACGGGCAAUUCGUUCAGAAAAAGACAUAGAAAACGAUAAGAGGAGAAAAAAAGCGUCUGAUGCACGAUUACUUAUGCACUUGUUCAGUCAAAACAAAUGAGAAAAAAACAAUCGGUAAAACAGACACGAACUUCAAAACAGUUUAAAAAAUAAACCGAUGAUGUAUUCCGCGUAUAAAUGUAACGAACGCUAAUUAAUUCAAGUGAUUGGCUCAUGCUAAUUUUUCGGUGCUUUUAAAUAACGGAAAGUAUUAAUUAAAAAAAAUUGAAAAGUAUUAAUUAACUUAAAAAAAAACAACAAAAACAAAAGAAUAAGAACUAAAACUUAAGCGGCAUAUUAUAUACGAAUUUUACGCUGCAAGCAAACAAUGGAAACCACUUUUCAUAAUCAACAACCUAAAGCGAAAAAUGUCAAUGAAUGGCUCUGAAACUGUGAUUUGAAUUUAUUGCAAAUUAUUAUGCAAAACGGCAAAAUUAUCGGUCAACAUCCAUAUUGCAAUUGUUCCAUUGAUGUAGUGAGCGCGCACACACACAAAACACCAUAAAAAGAAAAACAUUUUAAGUAAAAAAAAUCAACGAAAUAACAAUUGCAAUCGCCAAGAAUCGGAUUUCUAUUGUUUACCUUUCUAUUCAUCAGAAUCAGAUUUGAUCGUUUAUUACGGGGAAAAAAGGUGCAAGUGACAAACGAACCGAAAUAAUUAUUGUAUGCAUAUAAAUACAAAAUCAAACAGCUUCUAAGUCCGAGUGAAUAAAGUGAAUUCUCAUUUCGUAAGGAAAAAAAAUUAAUCACAUGGACAAUAAAACAGUUACGGAUUUAUUGUGAAUAAAAAUUAUAAUGCGGUAAGAGUAUGAAGAUCAGCAGCUAUCAAAAUUUGUAAUUAAACAAAAUAAAUUCAACGCAACAACCAGCGUCGAUUGUUCAACACUCAAGAAUUCAGUUAACGCAGGCUAUUCAUGCUAACUUCCAUAAGUUUACUGCCACUUAAUAUUAUUACGAUAUACUACUUUAACCACCAUCAUCGUUGUGAUUGUCAGCGCAGCAAUAACAGCGGGGCAUAAAAUUGGCCAUUCGGAACAGCAAAAUAGUAACACAGAGUAGCACAUUGAGUAUAACGAAAUUCACCGUUCGCAUGUGUGUCAGCAUAGGCACAGACACUUUUGAUACAAACAUACUGCUGAAAUGCUGUCAAUUGAUGGCGAAUGUGCUAAAAUUACAAUGGCAAGCAGUAUAAAUCGUAUUACUAAGUUGAACUCAAGCCAAACACAACUGAUCGACACACCAAAUAGUCGAAAGAAAAAACCAAGUGUAUUAAUUUUGAUACAAAUAUAAUCGGGCAUCCGCUGCGAUAUUAUUUCGGUAUAUUCAAAUACGCACAUAGAACACACACAAAUUAUAUUUAUGACCAUUCAUCAUUCGAAACAUUCAACGUCUUUCUUUUGUCUUCGUUGUCGUCGAACAUUUUUCGAUAACUUAUUAUCAUCAAACGCAUCUAAUUUAAUAACAUUUAACGAACAACAAAUCAAACGAAGUAGAAAUUGAGUGGUGUGUGUGUUUAAAAGAGUGAAGGCGCACGCAUACAAUUGAAUUGCUGGAAGUGGCAAAAAGUACCGACAAGCAAAAUAAAUUUAAUAUAAAAAAUCAAUAUAAAACAACAAAAUUAUAAGCAUUAAGUCAAGUUAAAAUAUUAUUUAUUUACAUAGAGAAUUGGUGUAAAUAAAAAACCAGUCCAAAGAUACAAGGAAAUAGUCAUUCACAUCAGUUCUCUAACGCGAAAAAAGAAAACAAGAGAAAAUCAAACAACUUUCAUAGAUAUAAUAUUAUACAAAAAAUAAUAAUAAUUAAAAGCAAUAAAAAUGUGUCUACUGCAUAAACUAACUCCAGAAUACAUAAUAAUAUUUUUACUAAUAAUAUCGAAAAAUAUAUUUGGAAUUUAUGGCGAAAAUGGACCACCAUCGACAGUAACGCCAUCACCACCACCACAGCAUGCAAUGUCUACCAUCACAACAACAACGCCGUUAAAUUUAGCUGCUGCCGCUGUUGUUUCAGCCGGUGCCGCAUCAUCGAUGCCAAGUACCGCUUCACCAAGCGUUGUCAAACCACACGAUUGGUUCGAUGUUUUAUUUUUCGUAUUCAAGGCAUCGACAAUGAUAUCAAUUAUAUUAGCUGCUGUUUUUGGCAAUCUGCUAGUUAUUAUAUCUGUGAUGCGCAAUAGAAAAUUGAGGGUCAUAACGAAUUAUUUUGUUAUAUCGUUAGCUUUGGCCGACAUCAUGGUAGCGCUAAUGGCUAUGACAUUUAAUAUGUGCAAUCAACUGUUCGAAAAAUGGCCGUUUGGACAAGCGUGUUGUGAUUUAUGGAAUAGUUUGGAUGUCUAUUUUUCAACAGCUAGUAUAUUGCAUCUGUGUUGCAUUUCGGUCGAUAGAUAUUAUGCAAUCGUCAAACCAUUGAAAUAUGUUCAGACCAUAACAAAAAAAGUAGUUGCCAUCAUGAUACUGAAUACAUGGAUAUCGCCGGCGCUAUUAUCAUUUAUUCCAAUAUUUGCUGGAUGGUAUACAACUAAAGAACAUAAAGAGGAAAUAAUACAAAAACCGGACGAAUGUCUAUUUAAAGUGAACAUCUGGUACGCGCUAAUAUCGAGUUCGAUAUCAUUUUGGAUUCCAUGCACCAUCAUGAUAUUCACCUAUUUGGCUAUAUUUCGGGAGGCAAAUCGACAAGAAAAGCAAUUGGCGGCACGACAAGGCAAUGCAAUGUUAAUGCAUCGCCACUCAAGUGCUGGUGGUACGAAUGGUACGUAUGGUGAGGCUUUAAGCGGAUCAGGUUCAUCGAGAAUGUUAACAUUGAAUGAAGUGGAUCAAGAUCAUACACCAACUAAAGAUAAACAUUUGAUCAAAAUGAAAAGAGAACAUAAGGCUGCCCGCACACUGGGAAUCAUCAUGGGAACGUUCAUAUUAUGUUGGUUACCAUUUUUUGUGUGGUAUUUGACCACAUCGUUGUGCGUGACUUGCCCGUCGCCAGAAGUUCUAGUCGCAAUAUUAUUUUGGAUUGGUUAUUUCAAUUCAACAUUAAAUCCAUUAAUUUAUGCAUAUUUCAAUCGUGAUUUUCGGGAAGCAUUCAAGAGUACGUUAAACUGUUUGUUUUGUGCGUGGUGGAGACGUGACAGUUUACAAUUGGAUUUAGAUAAUCGACGCUCAAGCUUACGAUACGAUAGUCGUGCAAAAAGUGUUUAUUCGGAAAGCUACCUAAAGGCACAUCAUCAAAAGCGCAGAGCCAGCGAACAACUAACUGAAAGUUUAUAAUAAUUAAAAUCGUGUGCAAUUGAAUCUAAGUAACAAAAACCAAACUGCAAUAUAUUUAAAUAAAUGAAAAAAAAGCACAUACAUACACAUAGAAUGUAAAUGGAAUGUGCGCGGAUGUUCGAAUCAAGUUGAACGCCAAUUUUGGAUAUUCUGCUGAAGAUAAUGCGGAUAAAUGCACGGUCCUGCGUUUUUAUAGUUUUAUUUUUUUUUUCGAAACUUUAUAUAUGUGUUUUUUUUUCGGUGUAUUUU